CCGUCGUCGGCAGACUUGAGCGGGAUUUCGAGCGACCCACUGUUCGUGGAUGAAGGAUUUCACAAGGCCUUUAUCGAGGUCAACGAAGAGGGCGCUGAAGCUGCUGCAGCAACAGGCUCGGUAAAUGAGGAAACGAAGCUGGUUUUGGCGAAUGCAGUUUAUUUCAAAGGCGAAUGGGCGCAAAAGUUUGAGAAAGCCGUGACCACGAAAGGGAAUUUUCACGUCUCUCCUUUGCAAACGAUCACCGUUGAUAUGAUGAGGAUCAUGGAUGAAUUCUUCGUGGUGGAAAUGGAGGACGCUUACGCAAUUGAUCUUCCGUACGAAGGAGAAAAAGUUUUCCUGACGAUAGUUGUUCCUAAGGAACGAGAUGGUUUGUUGGACAUCGAAAACAAGCUGAACGACACACUUUUGCACGAGUAUUUGUGGGGUGGACGAAGGAGAAGUCGAAGAGUUCGUUUGAUGAUGCCGAAGUUCAAGAUUGAAUCGUCUUUCGGUCUACGAAAAUUUUUGCCCGAGAUUGGAAUUUCCGAUGUGUUUAAUCCGUCGUCGGCAGACUUGAGCGGGAUUUCGAGCGACCCACUGUUCGUGGAUGAAGGAUUUCACAAGGCCUUUAUCGAGGUCAACGAAGAGGGCGCUGAAGCUGCUGCAGCAACAGUUCUGACCCUGGUGCCGUUGUCGGCAAUCCUGGAUUUUUCGCAACCCCUCGAGAUUAACGUGGAUCAACCUUCGCUUAUCGCAAUCAAGCACAAAGACAUUCAAGAGCCGAUAUUCUUCGGUCGACUCAGCGCUCCCGGCAUUCACGACAAAAAGACACCGGGAAAAUCCGCGCCAAGAACCCCUGCGAUUCCCGCACGUGUCGACGGGAAAAAGCCGAACUAA